CAAAGGAUUGAUAGUCAUUUGUUGCGCUGAGGCUGUUACCUUGUAAAUUGCAAGUAGUGUGUCUAUGUGAGUUGCCAUAGUAAUUUGGUGUGGUCACACAUUUGCAUUUAUUGUUGUAUCACACUGCUGAAUUGGGCAUAGCAUUGUGCUGAGGUGAGCAUGUUUAUGUUUGUUGUGUAGGGCUCUUGGCUUUUUCCUUUUCAUAGCAAUGCUGCAUUUCUUCAUGCCAGUACAACUUUUUGCCAGUAAGUUGUAGAGUAUUUCUUUUUGCUUUGUUCAAUUAUCUGUAUGUCCUUCUCUUUGCUUGCACAUUUUCAACUCAUUUGGGGUUGUUUUGAUGCAGUAGUACUGUGUUGGUGUUCUUUGUUGUGUCAGAGCUUUUGUGUGCUUGUUGCACUGUUUUCCUUCUUUUUUCUGUGCCAACUCCUGUCAUGUACAUAAGGAUAAUAAAAUGUGCAUCUGCAUAUUUCAAAAAAAACAACAUCUCUGUUGCAAAUGGUUCCUAUUUAGCGCGCUAAUAUCAUCUGUAGGAAUCUCAGGAUGGUGCAGCAUGCUUGUGAUCAUGUUCAUUUUCCUGCUUCCUGACAUGACUACCCUUUUACUCAAAAGGAGCUCAAGACCAUCUGCCAUGCUGGUCAAAUUCUGUGAAAGUGCAGCAGGACCUGAUCACUUGCAUAUACAGGAGGAUGGAGACGUGGAAAUUAAUGAUAUGGAGGAAUUUGUCAGAGAGCUAGCAGAGGAGGUUGCAGCUGAGCAGGAGGCUGCCAUGAUUGGUGUGCUCAAUGCGUCUGAUACCUGGCAGUGGAUCCCUUGCAUGUUUGCAUAUUCAAGAGUCAUGUGGAUAAGUGUCGCAGGUGCAUUGAACAGGGUCAUGGUGGUGGUUUGGCUUGUGUUGAGACUCCUUGCAAGAGCAAUGAACAAGUCUGCCAUUUGCUCUACUGGGCUCACCAGGCUCAUCAUUACAACACAGACAUCGCGAAGGUGCGGGUUAUUGGUAUGGUGAAGAAGGUCAGGGUGGACAUGAAAUGUAAGCCUAUUC